AACAAUUUAAGCAAACGGCUACUCCAAUCUCAUCUAUUCCACUCUAAUCUCUUCUCUCUCUUUCACUCUCUCACACACACACUCUCUCUCGCCGACAACCGUAACCGUUGACGGCGCCGUUUCUCCGCCCAUCCGUAUCAGCUUUGCUUCUUCCUCCGCCGUAACGGUUAACGGAUUUACACUUUGCUUCUCUCUCCUCCGCGACGCAAACAUCUUCAGGGAAGCGAAAUGAUUGGAUCCUUUCUUACCAGGGGGCUUGUGAUGGUUUUUGGCUAUGCUUAUCCAGCAUACGAAUGCUAUAAAGAGGUUGAAAAGAAUAAGCCAGAAAUCGAGCAGCUUCGCUUUUGGUGCCAGUAUUGGAUUUUGGUGGCUGUUUUGACAGUUUUUGAGAGAAUCGGUGAUACUUUCAUAUCAUGGGUCCCAAUGUAUAGUGAAGCUAAGCUGGCAUUCUUCAUAUUUCUGUGGUAUCCUAAAACCAGGGGAACAACAUAUGUGUAUGACUCCUUCUUUAGACCGUAUGUUGCAAAGCAUGAGACAGAGAUUGAUCGCAACUUGCUGGAAAUGAGGACAAGAGCAGGAGAUAUGGCUGUUUUGUAUUGGCAAAGAGCUGCUAGUUAUGGCCAGACUAGAAUAUUUGACAUUUUGCAGUUUGUUGCUGCACAAUCAACGCCAGCUCCUCGUCCUGCUGCUCAGCAGCAGCAGAGGCCAGGAGUGAGGGUUCGUCAACCUGCAACUCCUAAUCGCCAACCAAAUUCUCCGGCAGAACUACAAGUUGAGGAACCUCCAUCUCCUGCCUCUAGCACAACUUCAAGUCAGCUCCAGAAGGAGGUAACAGAAGAGGUGGGUUCAGCCCAGGUGCCAAAAGCAGUUGCUCCUGGCGCAGUUUUAAGUAGCCAGAAGUCUCUUGCGGCAGGUUCAAGUAUUCCAUCCAAGUCUCCUGUGGCAGGUUCAGGUAUUCCUCCCAAGUCUGCUUUAACCCAGAGGUCUAUUUCUCUUCCUGAAACCACCAACAAAGUUGCACCAGCUGAGGCAGAGCCAAAGCAGAGUGAAGCAGCAGAGUCUUCAUCUUCUGGUGCAAAUGAAAAUGGGAACCCUCCUCCAAAGGAGACCCUAAUGGAAGAAAGCAUUCGUGUUACACGGGGCAGACUAAGAAAAACCCGAUCAACAACUCGUUAGUGUGCUAAUAAUGUCAACUUUAGCUUCAUAUAGUGGUAGGUGAACGAUGGCAGCCAUUUAAUUGUUGUAGAACUUUAUGUAAAUCUAUUCCAAGUUUUCAUUCCAUUUGUUGCUUCAUUA